AUGUUGGACGCAACUGUUGAUCAAGAGAAUUUUGCUAUCCAAGGCUUAUUGGCACUUCGUGAUUGCGAUUCAACUAAUGAAAGCAAUAAAAGUACCAGUCCUCAGUCUUUUGUUACCACACCAGAACUUAAUGAAAUCAGUGAAAUAACUUCUGCUUCCAAAGUUCCCUCUGAUUCAUCCAUAGAAUACGCAGCGACCGAAAGUAAGACCGUUACCAAUUCAGCUCCCUUUAAGAUGCAUUCUCAACAAUCUCAAACCCAACAAGCCUAUGAUUUUCAACAGAAGCAACAAGAAUAUCGAGACCGACAAGCAUAUAACGCCCAGCAGGCCUUUAAUGCUCAGCAAAUUCGUCAUGCUCAUCAAUAUCAGGUUGUUCAGCCAUCCAACUCCUCUAGCACUAUCAGAUUACCAUCGAUUAAGGAGAUGCUAGCACAACAUCCCUUAUUGCAUCGCAGCGGACAAACUAUACCAAUUUAUGAAAGUAAGGAAAUGUAUGCAAAAGAUCAUCUUCAAAGAUAUUCCAACAUUCAAUCUGAAAAAACCGAUCGACAAAAUACAUUGGCGGAGUGUAAUAGACAGUAUAAGACCCAUUGUCAUUGUGAUAAGAAACGCCAGAUUUUAGAAGCUCACACAAAAAACCAACAAAAGCUUCAAAAUAGCCAAACCUUGGACUUUAAGGCAUUAUUACAGUCUCAUAAUAUACACAAAUGCUUGGAGAAAAUCAAAUCUCUGAGUGAUUUUGAAUUACAGGCAUUCUUAAGUGGACUGAGACAAUAUUAUCGAGACGAGUAUGAUAGGGAACUGAAAAGCCAAAAUAAAAAGUGUGAUACAUCUGAUGCUAUAGAACCCAGAAACAACGAUACAGACGAGACAGACAACGAUGAUGAUGGCAGUGAAUAUAGACUCUCUUCAGAUAACAGCCAUGGCAGUGAUAGUAACACGGUUUUUAUCAAUAACAAUAACAAGCGAACUAAAGUUGAAAAUACUAAAAGUUGCAGGGGAAGUAUCGAAAAACCCAGAUGGACCACUGAAGAAAAAUUGGAACUUUUAGAUGCUGUUAUCAAGCAUAAAUCCCUAGAUAUUAUGGCCACUUUUGAUUGGAAUGUAAUCGGUGCAGAUGCAGGACGUACAGAUAAGGCUUGCAAAGAUCAGUGGCGAAGAGGCAUUUUAAAACUAUUUAGAGAUUAUGUUUCAAGGUUAUAA